AUGAGCUACGAUGAUACGAAAAGAAAAGGUGGAUUCAGGGCAUGCAUGUUUGUUUUUGUAUUGGCAAUGUUGGAGAACAUCGGAUUCGUAGCGAACAUGUCGACCAUGGUUCUCUACUUCCACUUGUUUUUCAACCUGUCGGUGGCGGCCAACACACUCACCAACUUCUUAGGUUCGACGUUCUUGCUCACUGUUCUCGGAGGCUUCAUCUCCGACAACUACUUGAGCCGGCUACACACCUGCCUCAUUUUUGGAUUUCUCGAAAUUACGGGUCUCGUGAUGAUAACAAUCCAAGCACACUCCAAGAAAUCGGAGUACGUCCCCUGCAACAAGCCGAGCUGCAUAGGGGGCAGUGAUGCCACCAUGUUCUAUGCUUCUCUAUGCAUCUUAGCUUUGGGCUGCGGCGGAGUGAAGGGUUCUGUGGCUGCACUCGGGGCGGAUCAGUUUGACCGUAACGAGACCGGAGGAGCAAAGGGUGUCGCAAGCUUCUUCAACUAUUACCAGUUCAGCACGACAGUUGGAUCGCUGAUAGGAGUGACAGCAGUCGUGUGGAUUGCGUUGAAUAGAGGAUGGCACUGGGCUUUUUUCACGGGCUUGGUGACAGCGUUCGUUGGAUUCGUCGUGCUUGCAUUCGGGAAGCCUUUCUACUUGUUCCAACCACUGGCAAACAGCCCCAUUGUCAGGGUAUCACAGGUCAUUACAACUGCAGUUCGGAACAGAAACCUAAAAUUCCCCGAGAGCUCAGACGAGCUGUAUGAGGCUGACGAUAAGGAGGGAGAUACGUCUGUAGAGAAACUUGCACACACCAACCAGUUCAGGUUCCUAGACAAAGCAGCUAUUCCCGGCCAACCAGAUGGAGGCUGCACGGUGACACAAGUCGAAGAAGUGAAGAUAUUGAUACGGAUGCUACCUAUCUUUGCGAGUACGAUCAUAAUGAAUACCUGCUUGGCACAGCUGCAGACAUUCUCAGUAGUCCAAGGAUACUUCAUGGAACCUCACUUGGCCACACUGAACAUUCCCUCUCCUUCGAUACCUGUCAUCCCUUUACUCUUCAUGGCCGUUCUCCUUCCACUCUACGAGUUCCUCUUCAUCCCAUUUGCCCGAAAGAUCACAGGGCAUCCUAAUGGAAUAACUCAGCUCCAGCGUGUAGGCGUAGGGCUGGUCCUGUCUAUAAUCUCGAUGGGGAUAGCCGGUUUGGUGGAGGUGAAAAGAAGGGAUCAGGCUAUCAAGGACCCAUUCAAGCCAAUUAGUCUUUUCUGGCUCUCGUUCCAAUACGGAGUCUUUGGGAUUGCGGACAUGUUUGCAAUGGUUGGGCUGAUGGAAUUCUUCUAUAAAGAAGCUCCAUCUGGGAUGAGGUCUCUUUCCACAUCUUUCGCGCUGCUGUCGCUGUCUUUUGGAUAUUUCUUGAGCACCGCCUUUGUGAACAUUGUGAAUGCAGUGACGGAGAAGGUUUCACGUGACAAACAAGGCUGGCUGCAGGCACCGGAGAUGGAGCCUCCCUUGAAUCAUUACAAGCUCGACUACUUCUACUGGUUUCUAGCCAUCCUUAGCACCCUCAACUUCGGAAACUAUCUCUACUGGGCAUCCUGGUACAAGUAUCGAACACAAGUAAAAGAGGCCGAUGAAGACGCGACUAAACCUUCAGAGUAA